AUGGGACCGUCCAAAAAAGCGCGAAUUGAUCACAAUCGACCCGACAAGAUUGAACAGUGGUUUCACGCGUGCGCCGAUACAGCGCCCGAGCUGGAUGAACUCAACCGUCUGGUUCGACACUUCGCUGGCACCGCUCCUGGCGUUGACUCUCUCGGCGGAGACCACGACGUUCGACAGCAGAGCAAUGACGACCGAGGAGUUCGAUCACUUCAAUCGUCUCAAGCUCUCUCGGACGUCGUGGGUCAGCAGCUAGAACAAGCAGAGUGCUUGCUGCACACACUGCAGCUCCGACUCGCUCCUGCCCAACAACGCGCACGCGAUGUCAAUUCAGAGGGGGACACGAGGCCCGAGGCGCAGGCGGAACGCGGCACCCUAGCCUCAUGGCAGGAUCGAAUUGACGCGAUCGGAGUGAUGCUGUGGAACAAAGUGACCGAGAUUAAAACAAUGGCAACCUCGGGCACUCAGUAUACUUCAGAAAUCUCACCGCGGAUAGCGCUUCAAAUCAAACCAGACGUCAGCAGUGACUCGCUUCCGUUGCAAUGGCUCAGCAUGAUUGCCAGAGGUAUGUUCGCUCUUCACGCGUGGUACGAACAGAACAUAGCUGAAACCAACUUGAGCAUCAUAGCUCGGCAUCUAGCAUACCUCCUGAUUCAACUUGGAACUCCAGAACCGAUAUCAAGUGAAGGUCGGUCUGCGCGUCAGCGCUGGCGGGCCAGAGCGCGUCAUGACAGCAAACUGAUCGCUUAGCAUCUCGACCUUCGUCCACAGGGCGAGUGCUCCUUCUGUCGCUUCUUAACAAGACCAUUGCCGAGUCUCUAUCCACGAAGGGAGAGCAAAUCCAACUAUCCCGCCUUUUCGAUGCGGCCGCCACCUACGCGCAAGAAAUACAUGCCCCCGCCGUUGCACCCCCAUCCAGACCUGAUACGACGCCAGACGACGUGCGAGCUCUCAGUGGUCACUACGUUCAGCGGAUCGUUUUCGAGUCGCGUCGAUCUGCAUUUGGCGUCGCGGACUUCAUCAAACAUCGCUUGGAGUCAUUGAUUCCGAGUUGUGGCCCUCGCGAGGCAAGCCAAAUUGCACGCUGCAGUUGCCCUGGCCCCGCUCGAGUUGGAUGAGCUAACAAGCACGUUUGCGUACCAGCAGGUCGAGAAGAUCGCCCACGGCGCUUUAGAUUCCGCCCGUGAAGUGCUCGCUAUCGAAAACUCCUCUUCCGCUGCUUUGCAAGAUAAAGCAAAGGAGUGGCUCCUAUGGUCGAUAAAGCUUGCGGAGGGCAUGCGCAGCGAGUCGGCGCGAGCGAUCAAGGUCGGCAUACGAUGGCAGCAGUUUUGUUCCAGAAUGACGCUAAUGAGAAGAAAAUUACGUAGAUCGCGAGCCUGAGUCUGCUUACCCAGAUCCACACCCGUACCCAGUCAUGGCGCGAAGCGGAAGAGGUGGUAGCUCAGUUGUUGGUGAGGACUGCACCUGCAGCAUGGGUUCCCAGUUUUAGGCGAUGGUUGACACCUCUCCUUCGUUCUGAAGACUAUCGAGGCGACCCCAUCCAUGUGGCUGCGUAAGAUCCGGUUGAUGAUGGAACGUGACGCUGGCGAGGGAGAAUUGGGCCAGGGUAAGCAAGCUUGCGCCAGUGGGCACGAUACUUGCCGGAUGCAUAGCUGAUUGACCAUCCCGUGCGUUUCCUAGCGUUCGGACAAGCCACAACUGCAAUAGUCACUUGGUGGAACGAGGGAGACUUGGAGAAGAACAGUGUUCGGUCAGUCUCAGGGGUUGUGGAGCGGGCACUCGCGGAAACGCUUCAUUGACGAGCUUUGGGGGUUUGGGGCAGACUAUCAGCGGCCGCUCAGAGAUAUCAUGAUACGCAGUGAGGACAUUCGUCCUUAUCUAAUGUGAUUGAAAGAGACCCUGACUUAUGGUCUGUUUUUAAAAUCACACAGUCGCAGACCAGACUUCGCCAUGUUCAAAGAAAUAGUCACGAACUUGUGCUCGCCUGCUGAUGAAGCGACGUCCCGGAUCAUCCGGCAGAUUGCAAUGACGGUGACGGUGCACUCGCGGAGCGACGAUCGAACCUCAGUGACAAGUCUUUUCCAGAAUAUUUCGACUCGUGAGCUACCCCUCUGUCUUCCACUGAGUGGGUGUUGCAAGAAGCGCGCUAAUCGCUUCGCACUGGUGCUCACAGAUCUCAGCGAAGCAUUCACCCUCUCCGCCGACUAUGCGUUCGUGGCCACAACUUAUUUUUGGCGUCAUGGGGACCAAGAGCGGGCAAAGGGAGCUUUCUUCGAAGCAGCGGAAUGGUACAGACUGAGCUUGCAUCCAUUGUUGAAAGAGACUGGAGGAGUGGUCGAUGCCAAGUCAAUGAGGUCGGUCCAUUGAAGACUGUUGACUCGCGGAGCAGCGAGUGAUGCGCUGAGUUGCUUCUACUCGCAACGCCCCUUUUCAUUAUCAGGAAAGCGGUAUUGUGUUAUUUGGAGAUCCGGGACUUUGUUCGGGCCGAGCAAACUAUGAACCUGCGCCCGGAUCGCCCUCCGGACGCCAAAGAUUGUUUCAUUCGCUUCUUUCAUGCCACGCUGAAACAGGAUGUUGACAAAGGUCAGUCACUGCAAGUGAGGAGCGGGACGAGACCUGGAUUCACGCGCCUACCUCGUUCACCUCUCAGCAACACAAGCCCUCGACAAAAUGAUCAAAGCUCCGGACUUUCAAUACGUUCUUUUGCUUUGGGCAUCCAAAGUCGCCAAUGAAUCGGGGAUCACUGCCCUCUCUACUGCCGUACUUCAAGCUUUACUAGAUGUCUAUAGACGAGGAGAAGAAGGGAGUACCCAGAACGAAAUGUUGACUACCGUACGGUAUGUCGGGUGAAGGGGUGUAAGGAGGUUCCUACUGCAUCACUGACUCGCACGCCACCACUCUUCUCUGUUGAGAUAGGAGCCUCAUUCGGUUGCUCGCUUCGCGGUUAGAGUCUGAGGCCGACUCGGGGUACGUCACGGAUUAAACCUCGUGCUCGAAUCGAGAAGGCUAAGCUUAUGGAAUACCUCCAACCUCGCAAGGCUUUCGCUGGCGCGAUUGAUCACAUCAGAGUUCGUGGCGGCGACUGAUAUUGUUCGGGAGUCGUUCGGGAAACAUCUGCCCACGGUCGACAAAGACAUAACAUGGCUCCUCAAGACUGGUACUAUCUUUACCCUCUAGCCUAUUAAAAGCAUCUCGAGCUGAUGCUUUGUUCUAUGAUUACAUCAGGGUACAAUAUCUGCGCUACCUACAGCUCUCGUUGGCCAGCCGAGGUUAUCACACCGAUGUACGAAGCAGUCGCCCGUCUCGGGGAUCUCAAGCUCGAGAGCGGGAGUGUAGACGACCCCAAGCUCAAAAGGUCGAUCGUGUUUUGUCGCGUUGCUACUCUUUCUGGCUUGCUCGCUCAAGCCCGAUCAGCGACGAGCGCCUCCGAUCAGGUGAGGCGUACUAGGUGAGAUCGACGACGAAGCGCGUUACUGACCUGGACUUGUCGUCUCUAGUCCAAGUUAUACUCCAAGCUGCUGCGAGAUACGCAGGAACUUGCCCAAUCAGUACCUUCGCUCAGCGAAAAGAGCGACGAUGUGGCGACCUCGGCACUGCUCGCUUUCGAAGUCGAAGCGAGGAGCGGCCUAUGCGAUUGGGGGAACGUCGAAGCUCUCUUUUCUGUAAGUCCAGAUGGGCGACGAAGACUUGACUCAACUGAGUUUAGCUUAAUACGCCAACAGAGAUUGGCGUCAGCUAAAGAGCCCACCGUGUCUCUGAGCGCUAUCAAAUUGAUCACAGCUCGAGCAGUCGUCGCUGCCGACUGCGCACCGGAUGUGCUCGGCUCGAUUCUCGAGAAGACGCUGCAUACGCUCUUCUACAGAAAGGAUCUGGACAGGUCGGUUUCACUCCGAACUCAAAUUGAUCACCAGGAACUAAAUGACCUCUCACUCUCUAAUCUUGCAGCCCGACUCUGGGGGCUUGGCUGCGGGUAAUGAUUUCGUCGCUACUCGCAAGCGCUCCUGGACAAGCAUUGACUUACGUCAAGCAUGCGCUCACAUUCGUGAAAACACUGGUCAAUAAUUUUCAGUGUGAAUUCACCGGGGUACAGAAUGCUGAUCACCGAUAAAUCCUCGCAGACUGGCUAUCCGCGCGACGAGGUUCAAUGGCUGGUGGCUACGACGUGGGAUAGGGGUCAGUCAUCCAAGACUCUCGCCAGCACACUCUACCCAGGACCUCGCUGAGCGUUUUCUGGUGCAGGUUUGGAUUUGUUUUCGGUGCGAGACCUCGAGCCUGCGGAGGAGUGGUGCCAACUCGCUGUCGAACUUGCUCAGUGUAUCGACGAGAACCAGACUGCUAUGGUCAGUUGGGGCAACCCGCUCAAAGUCCUCACUGAUUUGACUUUGACAUGGAUCGUUUUCAUAUAAACAGCUCUCGCGAUCAUUGGAACAACUUCGAACGAGGAUGCGCGCGUUCGCGUCCACGGAUUCUGACCUGGGCUGA